AUCACGAAUCUCGCUCCCUCCCUCCCCAUGACGUCGGCCAGCUCCUGGCGGCCUCGGAUUCGCUCGCGUCUGUCAAACUGACCAAUCCCGCGUCUUUCCCCGCCCCCGGGUUGUGGAACGCAGCUGCGCGCGAUUUUUGUGUGAUGUGGGGGGAUGGCGGAGGGCGUUAGUGUGCAUUGGCCAAGGCUGUGUGUGAGAGCUUGACUUCGGGGGUCUGAAGAGCCGAGAAGAGGUGUUUGACUGGGAUCGGGAGGAGCCUGCGGUGUCUGGAGGGCCACAGGCGCCCCGCUGUGGGGCGGGGACCGGGUGCGCAACGGGAGAGGACGUACCCCGCCGACCUGAUACCCACGUCUGCGGGAACAGCUGAAGUCGGCUUUGCCUUUUCAAUAGAUUAACCAAGAUUUCACUUUCAAGAUGGAAAGCCCAUCAGUUUCAGCUGUGACAUCACCAAGCACUCCACAGACCCCUGCGCAUCCACCCUGUUCCCAUAGGAGCAGCUCGGGAAAACAACCUAUGAGUGCAACCCUUAGAGAAAGAUUGAGGAAAACGAGAUUUUCAUUUAAUUCCUGUUACAGUGUGGUAAAACGUCUUAAAGUAGAUGACGAAGAAAAUGACCAGCACCUUUCAGAGAAGCCAGCCUCCUCCAUGGAAGAAAACUGUUUGGAAUCUCAAAGAUUUAAACACAAAGACAGGGAAUCUAAGGAAAGUACAGAGUUGGAAAACACGUUCAGCAGCAUCAGUGGUUGUGACUCUGCCUCACCUGUCGUGAGGGCAGACAGCGCUCUCCAGAAUGAGUUAGUGAAGGAGAAUCUUCCUAAAGAAACCUUAAAGGAGGAAAGAACAAAGCUGGUGAAGCAGAUUCAGGAAAAAGAAGAUCUUCUUCGGAGGCUAAAAUUAGUCAAAAUGUAUAGAUCAAAGAAUGACCUGUCUCAAUUACAGUCAUUAAUAAAGAAAUGGAGAAGCUGUAGCCAGCUGUUGCUUUAUGAACUGCAGUUGGCUCUGUCUGAAGAGAACAAGAAGUUAAGCAUUACUCAACUGGUAGACCACUACGGGUUAGAUGACAAGUUGAUACACUAUAAUAGAAGUGAAGAAGACUUCACAGAUGCUUAAUAUAUACUUUCUUCCCAGAAUAUCUUUGAGGAUGGUAAUUUAAUGAAAUAUUUGCACAUUUCAGGGCUUAAAAGAAGAGUUUCUGAUAAACAUCAACAUAGGGCCCUCUACUGUAUAAAUACAGACUAAAUUCUAAAGUGCGAAUUAAGUAUUUUGGGCAUAUUGGCCAAAGGAAACUUGACAAUUAGGGAAAUGUGCAAAAAGUUUAGAUCAUGUUAAAGAAAUAAUUUGGAUAAUUCUGGGAACCAGUUUAUAUAUAUUUUUUGUUGUUUGUUUUUGUUUUGGGGGGGUGGGAAGUUUGGUGGCACAAAGCUUUAUUUAAGAUGUUAUAAAAAAAUAGUCUGGCCUAGUGAAUCUAAAUCUAAAGUGGUCUAAGAACUCCUGUCCUUCCUACAUGAACCUGUUUCUACCCAUUUACUAUCUACUUGUAUCUGGUGUUCCAGCAGCUGAUUAAAUCCCUAUGUCCAAAA